CCCCCCCCAACCUUUAGCUUCUCUUCUAGCCCCCCCUUCCCACCCCCGCUUCCCCCUCCCCCAUCCCCAGCCCAGUAUUUAACUCCCGGGAAGUCCCCUCCCCCACCCCCUUCCUCUGGUUUCUCUCUUUUUCGCUCUCUUGUGGCUGGGGGGAGGGGAGGGGGUCACCAUGGCCGAAGCGCCUCAGGUGGUGGAGAUUGACCCGGACUUCGAGCCACUGCCCCGGCCUCGGUCGUGCACUUGGCCCCUUCCCAGACCCGAGUUUAACCAGUCGACAUCGGCUACCUCCAGUCCGGCCCCCUCCGGCGGCAGCGGUGGCGGCGGGGCAGGGAAUCCCGGGGAUGCCGCGUCCGCCGCCUCGGCCGCUGUCAGCUCCGACUUCAUCAGCAAUCUGAGCCUCCUGGAGGAGAGCGAAGACUUCGAGCAGCCUUUGGGUCCCGUGGCGGCGGCCGCGGCCGUAGCUGCUGCUGCUGCUGCGGCGGCUGCAGCGGCGGCGGCUGCAGCGGCCACGGAAGGACUGUGUGCGGACUUCCAGUGUCCGGAGACCACCUGCCUGCAGCAGCAGCAGCAACAGCAGCAGCAGCCCGGUCCCCUUCAGCAGCACCCGCCCGUCCCCCCGGCCUCGGCGGGGCCCCUGGCCGGGCAACCCCGCAAGAGCAGCUCGUCCCGCCGCAACGCCUGGGGCAACCUGUCUUAUGCAGACCUGAUCACCAAGGCCAUCGAGAGCUCCGCCGAAAAGCGGCUUACCCUGUCCCAGAUCUACGAGUGGAUGGUGAAGAGCGUCCCCUACUUCAAGGAUAAGGGGGACAGCAACAGCUCUGCUGGCUGGAAGAAUUCGAUUCGUCACAAUCUGUCGCUGCAUAGCAAGUUUAUCCGAGUGCAGAAUGAAGGAACUGGGAAAAGCUCCUGGUGGAUGCUCAAUCCAGAGGGAGGAAAGAGCGGGAAGUCUCCUAGGAGAAGAGCUGCCUCCAAUGGAUAACAACAGUAAUUUGCUAAAAGCCGGGGCCGAGCAGCCAAGAAAAAAGCAUCUCUGCAGUCUGGCCAGGAAGGGAGUGGGGAUAGCCCUGGACCACAGUUUCCAAAAUGGCCAGCUAGUCCCGGCUCUCACAGCAAUGAUGACUUCGAUAACUGGAGUACAUUUCGACCCCGAACUAGCUCCAAUGCCAGUACUAUCAGUGGGAGACUGUCUCCCAUCAUGACUGAGCAGGAUGAUCUUGGUGAUGGGGAUGUCCACUCGAUGGUCUACCCUUCAUCAGCCACUAAGAUGGCUUCUACUUUGCCUAGUCUGUCAGAGAUAAGCAAUCCUGAAAACAUGGAAAACCUCUUGGAUAAUCUCAACCUUUUGUCAUCACCUACAUCAUUAAGUGUGUCAACUCAGUCUUCACCUGCUACAAUGAUGCAGCAGACACCCUGCUAUUCCUUUGCACCUCCGAAUACGAGCAUGAAUUCACCGAGCCCCAAUUACCAAAAAUAUACUUAUGGUCAGUCCACCAUGAAUCCAUUACCCCAGAUGCCUAUGCAAACACUUCAAGAUAAUAAAUCGAGUUAUGGAAGUAUGAACCAAUAUAACUGUCCUGCAGGUCUCCUGAAGGAAUUGCUCACUUCGGACUCACCUCCUCAUAACGAAAUCUUGACGCCUGUAGACACUGGCGUGGCUCAGCCUAGCGGUCGGGUGAUGAGCCAGAAUGUGUUGAUGACCCCUAACUCAGUGAUGCCAGCCUAUGGCAGCCAAGCAUCCCAUAACAAAAUGAUGAGUCCUAACCCCCACCCACACCCAGGACACUCUCCACAGACAUCCACCGUCAACGGGCGUGCCUUGCCCCACACAGUGAAUACCGUAUCUCACACUUCAGGCUUAAACCGCUUGACCCCAGUGAAACCAUUAUUGCAAGUGCCUCUGACUCAUCCCAUGCAGAUGAAUGCUAUGGGCCCAUACCCUACUGUGAACAGUUGCAAUGGUUAUGGAAGGAUGGGCAUUCUCCACCAGGAGAAGCUCCCUAGUGACUUAGACGGCAUGUUUAUCGAAGGCUUGGACUGCGACAUGGAAUCCAUCAUCCGCAACGACCUCAUGGAUGGAGACACAUUAGAUUUUAACUUUGAUAAUGUGUUACCUAACCAAAGUUUUCCGCACAGUGUAAAGACAACUACACAUAGCUGGGUGUCGGGCUAAGAGUUAGUGAGCAGGCUACAGUUAAAAAGUACUUCAGACUUGUCUGACAGCAGGAACUGAGAAAAGCAGUCCAAAGAUGUCCUUCACCCUCGUUUUAGUUUUCUUGAUAGAAAAACAACAACAACCACCACCCAACACAACGCAACAAAAAGCAAAAACCUAUGUUCCUUUUUCCUUUCGUCAGACUUUGGCAGCCAAGUUACUUUUUCCUGUACAGGAUGUUUCGGCCCAAUGUUUGCAGGUUAUGUGCUGCUGUAGAUAAGGACUGCGCCAUUGGAGAUUUCAUUCAUUACAAUGAAGUGCCAAACUCAAUACACCAUAUAAUCAUAGAAAUAGACUUUUGGAUCAUGUAGAGCUUUGGAGUUUUGUAUAUAAGCAGUAGAUAAUAGAAUCUUGUGUGUGUGCUAUGUAUGUGUGUGUGUUUAUAUGUUUUUAAUUUUUUAAGAAUAUACAUUUGGUCCAAGGAAACAUUUAUACUCUUUUGUAAUACCGUGAUGGUCUCAUGUCCUAAGUAAGUUAAACUUUUUGUUUGUUUGUUUGUACUACCUAUGUUCCUCUGAACUGAACUGAUGACUCACAGUGAACUAAGAUCUCCAUUCAGCAGCUCCAGGACGGCUUCGGACUUUAUUCAUGUUGCCACAUAAUUGCAUAUGAGAACGAAAUAGCCUGUUAGGAAUCAGCUGAGUUAAUUGACUUAUCAAACGGUUUUGAAACAAUAGAUUAAAUACCAGCUCGCGACAGGUCUUUUUCUAUUGUGUUUUUUUUUUUGUUGUUUUUUUUUUAAUUGGAGGUGGGGUGGGUAGCACAUUGGUGCAAAAAUUUUAAUGGUUCUGAUUUCCAGAUGAAUGAUUUUUAUUGCUGUUGGGACUUGAGAUAUUUUGGGGAGGGGGGAGGGAAAGGGGGGGGAUAGAUAUUGAACUGUAAUGUUUUCUUAAAAUUAGAGUCUACUUUGUUACAUAGUCAGCUUGUAAAUUUAUGGAAUCACAGGUAUUGGGCAGCAUUCAUAAUGUUCAUUUUGUAUUUUAACUGGAUUAGUACUAAUUUUAUAUGUGCUAAAUGGGUUGUACACCUUGGGAUGCUACUUGGUGAUAUUUCCAUGACUAAUCUAAAAAGAAUGAAGUCAUAAUUAGGAUUUGAAUAUAAGAAUUUCUGUCCCUUUUUUGCGGAUAGGAAAGUGAUGUAUAGUUAUAGACCACUUGGCAUUUCAUGUUUAGGGAGGCUCUAAUCUGCUUUUAUAUAUAAUUUUUAGAAACAUCAUCUGCUUCUCUUUCCAUGUUAAACAGUGAGUACCACAAAGUGUUAAGUAUUCCUCAGUAGAUGCUUGUAUGAUGCUUUGUCACCUUUAUUUCCUAGAGGUCUCAUCAUGUUUUAGACCAGGAAAGGGAGGAUGUAAAACCUUCAUCUUGAAGGGCCAUAGAAAUCAUAGACCUAGAGUGGGAAGGGACCCUAAAGGUCCAAUGGAAUUCAACUCUCUUAUUUAUAAAUGAGGAACUCAAGGCCUAGGGAAGUAAAGUGACUUGACCAGGUCACACAAGCUGGUCAAUGUUAGAGGUGGAAUCUAGACCUGGUCUUCAACUCUGGAACAACACUGUUUUCUCAGUACCCUAUUGCAGUUGUCUUCUUUUUACAAACCUGCAGUUUACAAAAAAAGUUUAACAUUCAGUUUUAACUUUAGAAAAGUCUGUCAAAUGUUUCUGUUUAUGACCCCCUGCCCCAUGUUUGCUGUAUUCCAGAAAGUUGGGGGCUAUUGUCCCUUCUUGAAGUUUUGAAAAAAAAACACACACACACACACACACACACCACACACACACGCAUGCACGCAUGAACGCAUGCAUACAUAUUCAUCCCUCUUUCUUUUCCUUGGGUCACUUAGUGCACUAUGCACAUUACUUUUGGGGUGAGGAUUUUUUUUAAAUGGAACAAUACUGAUUAUUGGAAGAAUUGGUAUUCAUAAUACAGGUGGGUUUAAUUACCAUACCAACACUAGAAAGUACUUGUUUCAGAAUCUAAAAAUUCAUGCCUCUUUUAAAAAAAAGUCUUGGUACAAGUCAAGAAUUUGAAGCUUUCUUUAGCUUUAAGUACACUUAAUUCACCAUUCCCAUCACUAUAUUUAAUACUUUCCAAUUACCUGUAACUUUUGUAGGAUAAGUUAAUUGGAGCUUGAGUCCCAUUUAAUCAAUCAGUAUUUCCAAGUCAUUCUUUGAAUGUUCAAGACAACAAAAUAAAAGACCAGGUGCACAACAAUGUUCAUUUUGGCUUGUUAGGAACACUCUGAUUUCUUUGCAUUUGUCUGUGUACUUAGCCCAAAUCACACUUGCUUUGUCUUGUGUGUUUAAUUGCAUCUCUCUUGGCUUUUCUCAGCCUUUCAACUAUGCUUAACAAAAAAUGCAGCCACUGUAGAUGAUAGACAGUGUAUAGGCCAGCACUAUUAUAGGCCUCCCGCUGUGGCAUUCACCAUCUGAGUCGCUGAUGAUCUCAAGACAUGGAAAAUCCUCCCAACCACCACGUACAUAGCUAUCUCCAUUGGUGGCCACUCCAAAAAGGGGUCUCCCCAUCUACAUCUGCUGAGUAAUACAAUAUUUAUUGUGUGCCUGUUUGCUUAUUUUAAAUCUUAGCUUCCCUAAUUAAUAGCCUCACUCUAUCAAAUAAAUCAAACCUGUUAAGCCUUGGUGCCAAAGUAUCUCUUAAAUUUUAUAUUCCUUAUACCUCCAUAUCACUAUUUUACCAUAAUACGUUCUCCCCCAACCAUAGCGUGAGCAUGCCCCGCCCCCCCCCCAAAAUCAUUCCUUUAAUUAGCAACUAAAAUAAUCUUGUGAACUCUUUGUGACUACUAGGUAGACUGAUAAAUAUAUAUAUAUAUUUCUUCCCCCCCCCCCACUUUCUUGGGCCUAUGUCUUUGAAUUUCUUUUUCUCUCACAAGCUCUUUGUGUCUAAUAUCAAUCCACAAAACUCUGGGACACUAUGAAGUCCGAUGAAGGGCAUUUUGUCUGUUUUGAUAGCAAACAUAUGUGACCUCUAGUAAUUUUUUUUCAGUUAAGAAUACUGAGUUUCUGGAAUAAUUUAGUUUUGUCAAUUAUGUAAAUGAUUGCUUUGUGAAAUGUGCAAAUGAUCUUACCUAUGCGCCAUGUUUGAUUUUACUUUUCUCUGGUUUGUACUGUUAUUAAAAGUAUAUUGUAUUAUAGAACUAUUCAGAUAUUUUAAAUAUAAAGAUGUAUUGUUUCUGUAAUAGAUGUAUGGAAUAUAUUUAGGUAGUAAAUGCAUUAAUUGGAAAGCUCUGCUUUAGCAAACUGACAAAAUGCUUAACUUUAUAAGCAAAAGUUGUAACCCCAAAAAGUAGUAAAUGAACAGAGCAUCCCUAAGACGAGGAUGGGCAAUCUAAAAUUGGACCAAUUUUCAAACAGUAUAAAAUUUGCACUUGUUAAACCA